AUGUGUGACAUCCUGCCACAUUUCCAGCCCAAUUCACAGAGUGAGUCUACUGGGCGCACACCAUUUGAGUUGGCAACAGGUCAGCAACCCCAAUCUCCCCAUUCAAUGCCAACUACGUUUGAGGGGAGGAGCUUGGGCGCUUACCAUCUUGCCAAGGGGUGGGAGGAACAACUUGACACUGCCAAAUCUUAUUUGGAUAAGGCAGCAAAGAGAAUGAAAAAGUUUGCCGACCGCAAGCGUCGUCCCACGGAUUACAAAGAAGGCGACAUGGUUUUGGUAAAGUUCAAUCCAAGGCAGUUUAAGGCACUAAGAGGCGUCCAUCAUAAUUUAGUGCGUAAAUAUGAGGGUCCGUUCAAGAUUGUUGCCAAGAUGGGAGCAAAAGCUCCUGUCAUGAUGAAUCCUGCGAUAUAUUGGUGGUGGCUGUAUCAUGAAGAUAAGGACGAUCCCAGCCGGAACAAAUCGAAAAAGGCCCCUAUCACUAUCACUGCCUCGCAUGAUCGAGAGAUUGAAACCAUCAUAGAUUACCAAGCCAAACAGAAACGAGGACAACAAGCCAGCGCUAUGUUCCUCGUACAUUGGAAGGGACAGACUCCGGAAGAAGCCACAUGGGAGAAGUACGAAGACUUGUGGCAAUUCAAGGACAAAGUUCGGGAGUUUUUGCAGCGAUGCGUCGCAGUCGUCGCAUCAUUAAGUGGGGGAGAUUGUGACAUACUGCCACAUUUCCAGCCCAAUUCGCAGCAUCCUGAUGGGGCAGGCCCAAGUUUGCAGCAUUCUGAUGGGGCAGGCAGCAGUCCAGGCGGCCCAAGGGACUUGGAGAGGCUUGCAGCAGACUCUAGAACGCCCUAG